UGCGAUCUCUGGAUUGGCUGGAGACGGCCGUCACGCUCCAGCUACGCCACUUCCUUUCCGCGGCUCUAUAAAAAGUGCUGCACCACCCCUUUAUCUCCUAGCCCGUCGGAGCUGGAAAUGCAACUGUUGGGAGCUUCGGAGGCUGCGGAGCUGGAGGCGGAGGCGGCUGGGGAGGUCCGAGCGAUGUGACCAGGCCGCCGUCGCUCGUCUCUUCCUCUUUCCUGCCGCCUCCUGUGUCGAAAAUAACUUUUUUUUACUGUAAAGAAAGGAGAAAAAAAGUAGCCGUACGCCGCUCACGCCCUCUCUCCCUCUUAACCCUCUGACUUGUGAGGGAGCCCGGGGUGGCCGCUCCUCCGUCGGGGCCGCGCCGCCGAGCCCCGGCCGCCCCCGCCCGCCGCCCCCAUGCAUCCCUUCUACAGUCGGGCCGCCACCAUGAUAGGCGAGAUCGCCGCCGCCGUAUCCUUCAUCUCUAAGUUCCUCCGCACCAAGGGGCUCACGAGCGAGCGACAACUGCAGACCUUCAGCCAGAGCCUGCAGGAGCUGUUGGCAGAACAUUAUAAACAUCACUGGUUCCCAGAGAAGCCCUGCAAGGGAUCAGGUUACCGUUGUAUUCGCAUCAACCAUAAAAUGGAUCCUCUGAUUGGACAGGCAGCGCAGCGGAUUGGACUGAGCAGUCAGGAGCUGUUCAGGCUUCUCCCAAGUGAACUCACGCUCUGGGUUGACCCGUACGAAGUGUCCUACAGAAUUGGCGAGGAUGGCUCCAUCUGUGUGCUGUACGAAGCCUCACCAGCAGGAGGUAGCACCCAAAACAGCACCAACGUGCAAAUGGUAGACAGCAGAAUCAGCUGUAAGGAGGAACUUCUCUUGGGCAGAACAAGCCCUUCCAAAAACUACAAUAUGAUGACUGUAUCAGGUUAAGAUAUAGUCUAUGGAUGGAUCAUCUUAUAAUGGAUGGAUAAAUUUGAUUUUUGCUUUGGGUGGGCUCCCCUUGGGGAUGGAUUAUGGAAUUUAAACCGUGUCACAGCUGUGAAGAUCUGGCACAAGAUAGAGUGGUAAAAAAAAUUUUUUUUUAAGUGACAGUGCCAUAGUUUGGACAGUACCUUUCAAUGAUUUUAAUAGCCUGUGAGUCCAAGUAAAUGAUCAUCUUAUUUGCUAGGAGUGAAGUCCUAGGAUGGUUUCAGUUUCUCCCAGACAUGAUACCUAAAUUUUUACGUCAGUCCCUUUAAUGCAAAUCUGUAUUUCUCUGCAGUAGAAUUUGCAGAGAAAAUUUGCACUAUUCCACUUAAAAGUCGUUAUCCUUUUCGGCAGCUCAAUAGGAAAGCUCAACAUUUUAAACAUGGUAGUACUGGAAAUUUUAUGACAAGACUUUUACCUAGCACUUAAAUAUGUAUAAAUGUAUAUAAGACAAACUAGUAAGCAUGACCGGGGGAAAUGGUCAGACCUUGUAUUGUGUUUUUGGCCUUGAAAGUAGCAAGUGACCAGAAUCUGCCUUGGCAACAGGCUUUAAAAAAAAAAAAAAAAAAAGACCCUUAAAAAGACACUGUCUCAACUGUGGUGUUAGCACCAGCCAGCUCUCUGUACAUUUGCUAGCUUGUAGUUUUCUAAGACUGAGUAAACUUCUUAUUUUUAGAAAGUGGAGGUCUGGUUUGUAACUCUCCUUGUACUUAAUUGGGUAAAAGUCUUUUCCACAAACCACCAUCUAUUUUGUGAACUUUGUUAGUCAUCUUUUAUUUGGUAAAUUAUGAACUGGUGUAAAUUUGUACAGUUCAUGUAUAUUGAUUGUGGCAAAGUUGUACAGAUUUCUAUAUUUUGGAUGAGAAAUUUUUCUUCUCUCUAUAAUAAAUUGUUUCUUAUCUUGGCAUUUUAA